AUGGGCCCCUGUACCGCCUCCUCAUGCUGCUGCCAGGCCCGUAAUCUGCCAUGGGCCCCUGUACCGCCUCCUCAUGCUGCUGCCAGGCCCGUAAUCUGCCAUGGGCCCCCGUACCGCCUCCUCAUGCUGCUGCCAGGUCCAGAGUGUGUCAUGGGUCCCUGUACGGCCUCCCAUUGCUGCUGUCUCCAUCGCCACACUCUGCCAUGUGCCACUUUCAGGUCUCCUCACACUGCUGGUGGGUUCCAUUUUUGUCAUAGGGUGCUGUAUGGCCUCCCAUUGCUGCUGCCUCCACCGCCACACUGUGGCUCCACACUCUGGUUUUGGCCCCGUGACUGCCCAAAUGAGUGAAGUGUGCGGUGAUUCUAAGAUCGACGGCACUCAUCUGCAUGUCAUACUGACUGACAGUAUUAUUUCUCUUCCCCAGCAGACUCCAAGGGCAUUUAAAUUAAAGGUACAGUGUUCUGCACUAAUAUGA